GACACUUCAGAAAACAGAGAACCGCAAAAAAGUUAUAUGAAGCCACACCUUUCGACAAAGAAAGCACAGCUUCAACAACAGUGAGAACAAGCAGAGAGAGAAAGAGUGUAUAGACAGAAAUGGAGUUUGAAGAUCAAGAGGAGCAAGAGGAAGAGCUCUGUAUGGCCACAGCACCGAGCUACGACUCACUCACUCACCCUUCCCGAGUUAAGAUGCCAGGUGGCGGUGCAGAACCCAUCAUGGCUCACCCUCUCAGAAACAACAGCAGCAACAACGGCGCCGCCAAGGGGAGAUACAGGGAGUGCCUGAAGAACCACGCUGUUGGCAUCGGCGGCCACGCACUUGAUGGUUGUGGCGAGUUUAUGCCGGCGGGGAGUGAAGGCACGCUGGAUGCGCUUAAAUGCGCCGCCUGCAACUGCCACCGCAACUUCCACCGCCGGGAGAAUGACUCGUCCAACUCCCCUGGAGACGGUGGACAGUUUCUGCUGACUCACCUCCCCCAUGUUCCACCUCCGCCGCCGCAGUUCCAGGCGUACUAUGGCCGGGGUCCGGCGGGGUAUUUACAUAUGUCGGGGCAGCACAGGGUGGGUGCGGGUACGCUGGCGCUGCCGUCGAUCUCCGGUGGUGGUGGGCCCCGGGAGGAUCAGGAGGAUAUUUCGAACCUGAGUGCAGGUGGGGGAUCUUCAAAGAAGAGGUUCAGGACCAAGUUCACACAGGAACAGAGGGAUAAGAUGCUGGAUUUGGCGGAGAGAUUGGGUUGGAGGAUUCAGAAGCAUGAUGAAGGUGUGGUCCAGGAUUUCUGUAAUGAAACUGGUGUCAAGCGUCAUGUUCUCAAGGUUUGGAUGCAUAACAACAAGCACACUCUUGGUAAGAAGCCCUAGAAAAAUCAAACCCACAAAAAAAAUUGGGGUUGUGCUUCUUUGUUUCUUACUCUCACUCUUAUGAUCCAUCCUCCUGUUUUGUGCUAUUCAGCUGCAUCAAGUGUUGACAGGAUUAAUUAACUUUAAUUUCUCUCAUUAUCUAAGGGUAAUGUAUAUUGGUUAAGUAUUAGUUUAAUUAAGUUCAAUGGUGGGUAAUUCAUUAGGGUUUCUUUCUUUUUUAUUCUUCUCCUUUAAAGGUUGUGGCUAUCAUGCUGAUUGUGUCAAUGUAGGUGAGGAUGCUUCAAUUAGAGGACAUUAGUGUUGAUGAACUAAUUUUAUUUUAUUUAAGUAUGGUACCAAAAUCAGACUUUGAUUAUCA